GGGGGAUAGACGUUCGGAACGAAUUGCGUCCUGGCCUUCUUUUUUUUUUGUUGGUCUACCUACCAUCGCCGGCAGGAUGCUGAUAGGCGGUCGUCGCCAUGGUUGAUGAGGAUGCCGCUUGGUGGGGAAUGGGAAGGCCAGGGCAGGAAGCACAACAUCCACCAGUCACGCAUCUCCGGCACGUUUUUGGCCGGGGGGGUAUAAGUCUUUUUCCUUUCUUUUUACGUGUUGUCUCUCUCUCUCUCUUCCUUUUCGCCUCAACCCUUUUAUCCGAUUUAAUAUUCCAUUCUUUUUUUCCAUUUCUUUUUUCUUUUGCAUUUACGCCAUUAACUCAGCGAGUAUUCUCCAAAACCGCUUCUUACCCUUUCCCGCUCCUGCUGCAGCUGCUCUACUCUACUCCAGGGUAGGGUACAUUUGCGUUUUUCGACUGCUGCUGCUCCUUGACUCGCCCGGGCGGGAGGUCACCACGCUCCCCGUAUAACGGUCCUAGCCAUCCCCUCCCCCCUCCCACCAAUUCCUGCCUGUCCGUGUCUCACCUCCUCGGUUCUCGCAUGGGAUGGAUGGAUGCUGGGAUGGAUGA